ACCUGGGUGCAAGAAGCGGGCCCCCUGAGGGGAGUGGGCUGAGGGCUGGCCGGGCUCCCCUCCCUUCGCAGAGCCCAGGGUACCCCUCGGCUGCAGCGGCUCCUGAGCUCAUGGAGCCUUCGGCAGCCCCAGGGGCCCAGACGGAGGUCCCAACUGGUAGCGGGGAGCCGUCCCGCGUGCCACCAGACUACGAAGACGAGUUUCUCCGCUAUCUGUGGCGCGAUUAUCUGUACCCGAAGCAGUACGAGUGGGUCCUCAUCGCCGCCUACGUGGCCGUGUUCCUCGUGGCCCUGGUGGGCAACACUCUGGUCUGCCUGGCCGUGUGGCGGAAUCACCACAUGAGGACAGUCACCAACUACUUCAUUGUCAACCUGUCGCUGGCUGACGUGCUGGUGACGGCCAUCUGCCUGCCCGCUAGUCUACUAGUGGACAUCACCGAGUCCUGGCUCUUUGGCCACACCCUCUGCAAGGUCAUCCCCUAUCUACAGGCCGUGUCAGUGUCAGUGGCAGUACUGACUCUCAGCUUCAUUGCCCUGGACCGCUGGUAUGCCAUCUGCCACCCACUGUUGUUCAAGAGCACCGCCCGGCGUGCCCGUGGCUCCAUCCUGGGCAUCUGGGCCGUGUCGCUGGCUGUCAUGGUCCCCCAGGCUGCUGUCAUGGAAUGCAGCAGUGUGCUGCCUGAACUAGCCAACCGAACCCGGCUCUUCUCUGUCUGUGACGAACGCUGGGCAGAUGACCUGUACCCCAAGAUCUACCACAGUUGCUUCUUCAUUGUCACCUACCUGGCCCCACUGGGCCUCAUGGCCAUGGCCUAUUUCCAGAUCUUCCGCAAGCUCUGGGGCCGCCAGAUCCCAGGCACUACCUUGGCACUGGUACGGAACUGGAAGAGACCCUCAGACCAGCUGGAGGACCAGGGGCAGGGUCCCAGUGCACAGCCCCAGCCCCGGGCCCGUGCCUUCCUGGCGGAGGUGAAGCAGAUGCGGGCCCGGAGGAAGACAGCCAAGAUGCUGAUGGUGGUGCUGUUGGUCUUUGCCCUCUGCUACCUGCCCAUCAGUGUCCUCAAUGUCCUCAAAAGGGUGUUCGGGAUGUUCCGCCAAGCCAGCGACCGCGAAGCUGUGUACGCCUGCUUCACCUUCUCCCACUGGUUGGUGUAUGCCAACAGCGCCGCCAACCCCAUCAUCUACAACUUCCUCAGCGGUAAAUUCCGGGAGCAGUUUAAGGCCGCCUUCUCCUGCUGCCUGCCUGGCCUGGGUCCCUGCAGCUCUCUGAAGGCCCCCAGUCCCCGCUCUUCUGCCAGCCACAAGUCCUUGUCCUUGCAGAGCCGGUGCUCCGUCUCCAAAGUCUCCGAGCAUGUGGUGCUCACCAGCGUCACCACAGUGCUGCCGUGAGGGAGGGCUACCCUGGAGGCUCUGGGAGGCUCAGUGGGCCCUGCCUGGGUUGCUCCUCUGGGUCCUGGGAUUCAUCCCUGUGCCUCAUGGAGAGACUGCUGGAUGCAGUGACAGGCUCCGGGUGGAGUCCUGGUUUUCUGCCCCUGUGACUCUGGGCAAGUGGUUUCCCCUCUCUGAGCUUGUGAUCCCUAGGCAGGGUUGAUGUGAGGCUUAAGCAUGCUCUAGAGAGUGGAGAGCUCUUUGUCAACUGUGAAGUGCUGUGGACUUGGUUACUGUUGUACUUCUCUCACUUGGCCGAACCCCGCAGUAUUAUCCACCCCCAUCAUCUUUCCAGAGCUUGGCCUUCCUCCCAAAGAACUUUCUCCUGCCCAAUUAUAAGCCUUCCCUGGAGUCUGCUGUAAAGGUCUCCACAGGUGUUUCCAUCUGCUCCAGGGGCUCCCUAAUGCCCAGGGCUGUACUUGGCCAGCUGCUCUGUGCUUGUGUGAACCAAUCUGGGCCCAGCCCUUCCCUGGUGGGUUAUGAACACAGCCCCAUGUCACCAGGUGCCCAGUACACACACCAUAGCUGGACCUGAUGGCUUUGUGGUGUGAUAAAACAUCUAUGUGUGGCCGUUCGGCUUGGAAGCCAGCAGCCCAAAGCAAUUGUAAUUAAAAGCCUGGCACUGAAUGUUCCCUUUCCCUGUCAUUACACAAAAUCUGUGCUGCUUAGGUUAGGAGGAGAGGAAGGUGGGGCAGCUGGGGGAGGUGACACAAGACACUGGAAUGCGUCUACUCAUUGCCCCCUACUCCCCGUGGGAUCCCAGAUGGACCAUGCCUCAGGUAUGCUCAGUGCUGCCUCCGCAGUGGUGCCAAGCCCUUGAUGCCUGGGACCUUAAUUCUUGACACAUUUGUUGGCUCCCAACUCGGUGGUCUCUGGAAGGUAAGGGGGUAGGGUGGGCAGACAGCGGGUUAACAGACUGAUUUACUGUUCCCUCACCUUCUUGGAAACCAGGGUCUCAUUUAUUUUCUGUGAACUCACAGGAUAAAAAGAGAAAGCCACAGACUUGGCCGGAUGUGCUCCGGCUGCUACCAAGCGGAUUACAGGGCUGCCAGAGGCCUUGAUCCUCGUUGCCAGAGCAAGAUGGGAGUGCAGUCUGGAGUGCUGCUCUGCUGAGAGGAACGGGAGGCAUCUGGCCGAGGCUGAUGCGGCCGUGCCUGCCACCAGGUCUGCUUCACUUGAUUAAUGGAGUCCCGGGCUCCCCGACCUCACCUGUUAAGAAGCAGGGCAAGCUGUGGGCCCGCCCAGGAGCGCCUAGGCACAGCUUCUUAGGAGUCCCACCCUGCCCCGAGCAGGUGGACAGUGUGCUGCUUGUCACAGGCCCUCAAGACUUGCCAGCCCAGCUCCAGCUGUCAGUGGACAUGCAAUGGUUGCCAGGAGCGACAGGCUGUCCUGUCCUUUUCAUGUUCCCACUGCCCUUGGGGUCCAAGGCUGUUGGCAAAGUUUGUAGGCAGGGUUGGAGGUGCACGGUGCAAGAACAAAGUGUGAGGACCAGGCCCCAGGGCCAGACCCACAAGGAUAGCCCAGGUCUUGGAGCCCUCCACUGCCCUGACCACAGAGAUAGGGACUGUGAUUGGCACCAUUCUAAAGACAGGUUUGGGGCAGUGCUGCAGCUCAGUGGUAAUGUACUUGCCUGGCAUGUGCAAAGCUCUGGGUGUGAUCCCCAGCACCAUGAAAAAAGAAAAAUUAAAGAGUUUUCAGUGGACACUUGGCUCAGCAGAAACAGAGACAAUAGGAGUUUCCUCUAAUGACUGCAGUUCUGCUUCUGCUCUGCAGGAUGGAGCCAGAAAAGGGGGUCUUAGGCUUCCACUUUGGGGACUGAUGAACUAAAGGACAUGGCAAGGGGAGUGAUGCCCAGUGAGGAGCAGCUGAAGACCUUGGGGCUUCCUUGGCCUAGGGGUCUUGGGGUAAUGUGGUGGCAGGCUUCACUGUCUAGAGGAUUGGCAUGCAGAAGGGGAAACGAAUGUCCCAGGUGGCCCAAAAGAGAAAACUGGAGCCAAUGGCUGGUGUUUCCAAGGUGGCAAAUUUUAGGAUGCACAUCAGGAAGUUUCUACCAGUAAAGGAGGAAAUGGGCUACCUGGAAAAGCCCUGAGUUUUUUGUUACUGGAGAAUUAAAAGAAGAGACUGGACUCCCAUGGGGACCCUGGAGGGGAUUCUAGCUCUGGAUGAGGGUUGUCCUUUGAGAAUUGGCUCCAUCUAAUUGUGGGAUUCCAGCACCACAGAGCCCAGAGGAGAGGAAGAAGGCUGAACAGACUGAGCCGGCCAUGCCUGCUGGGCCUCACUGGCCUGCAAAACAGUCACACCACCCCUCACCCUCUGCAGGAAGGAUAGCCCUGCUAAAGGCCUCAGAGUGCUUAUCUUCAUCUCCAAAAGUCAAAGGAUAAUCACACCACCUCCUGUGAUAAGGCCCCCCUGGUACAUUAGAAUGUCUGGUGUCUUUAGCUUUUGAUUGAAAUUCUGUCAGUU